AUUAAUGGUUGGUUAGACUUUCAUUCGAUCCGUUGUGUGUAGUUGCUUGUUUUUAAUCAAAAUAUCUAUUAAUUUAUCAUAGAACCGUUUCCAUUAUGAGGUAUAAAUUAAAUGGCCACCGAUGAUUUUAUAUUCCUGUAGGCUUAGUCAAGAUGCUAAUAACAGCAAUGUAAUGAAGAAAGUCGAAAACUAAAUUGGUUUCAAAAUUUGUCGACAUGAACUGUAAUUUUCCUGUCCUCCGGCAAUUUGUAUUUUUCACAAUGAUAGUGUGCACUGUGCCCACUGCCCAUAGAUGAUACAUCCAUACUAAUACUUUAGUGAUUUGUCUGACCAAUAAUUUUGAUGUAUUAUUAAGUCAAUACUACUUGCCCUUGAUUACAAUAUAAAUAACCUAACUAUAAAAUAUAAACCAGUAAAUUGCAUAUAUCUACAAAAUGAAGCACAAAAUAUUGGAACUUUAUAGUGGUAUUGGAGGAAUGCACUGUGCCUGGAAGGAUUCAGGUUUAGAUGGCGAUAUAAUAGCUGCAAUAGAUAUUAACACAGUUGCAAAUGAAGUUUAUCGAGAAAACUUCCCCAAUACAUACCAGAUUACUAAAAAUAUUCAGUCAUUAACAGUGUCAGAGAUCAACAAGCUUGAAGUUGAUACAAUUCUGAUGUCUCCACCAUGUCAACCAUUUACAAGAAAUGGCAAAUACCUUGAUGAUAGUGAUCCAAGAACAAAUUCUUUCCUUUAUAUAAUUAACAUUUUAAAAGAAUUAGUAAACAUUGAAAAUAUUUUAAUGGAAAAUGUUAAAGGUUUUGAAUGUUCUAAAGUUAGAAAUUUAUUUAUAGAUAAAUUAAAAGAAUGCAACUUUGACUAUCAGGAGUUCCUUUUAUGUCCCAGUCAAAUUGGAGUGCCAAAUUCAAGACUACGAUACUACUGUUUAGCAAGAAAAAAAUCAACCAAGUGGCAGUACAAAAGGAAAGAUGAAAUUUAUUUGUUGCAGAUAUCUGAGCCGCCAUUUGAAUCUAAAUCACUAUUUCCUCUACGGGAUAUCAUGGAAAAAACUGUGCCUGAGGCAUAUUACUUGAAUGACAAAGUUUUAAAAUGGGGAAAAGUUUUGGAUAUAUGCUAUAAAGAUUCAAGGAGGUCUUGUUGUUUUACCAAGGCAUACUCCCACUAUGUGGAUGGAACUGGAUCGGUUUUUACUGAAAAGAGCCCAGAAUUUGUUAAACAAUGUUACUCUGAAGCAAAUAAAUUUGACAUAGGAAGUGAUGAAUAUAUUGAAAAACUCAAGGAGCUAAACUUAAGAUACUUCACCCCUAAAGAGGUUUUGGCAAUCAUGAUGUUUCCUAAAGAAUACAUUAUACCUGAUGUCACUACUAUGAAACAAAGUUACAGGUUAAUAGGGAAUAGUGUUAAUGUUAAAGUAAUAACUGAACUAUUGAAAGUUUUAUUUAUGUAGCUAUGUGAUUACAAAGCUGAUGAGUAAUUCUUCAUAUUUGA